UACGCUGAUGUAGUUUUGUUGUUUCUAAGCGGGAACCAGUAGGCAGGUCGGCAAGAACAACAUACAGUAUUCGGUUUGACAGUAGUCUCUCCAAUUAUAUACGCUGGUAGGGGUCUAGUAGUACUAAAAGAGGAAUAUGCCCCGAGAAAUUAUAACACUUCAACUUGGCCAAUGUGGAAACCAAAUUGGUUUUGAGUUUUGGAAGCAGCUCUGUGCAGAGCAUGGCAUUAGUCCUGAGGGGAUUGUGGAAGAGUUUGCAACAGAGGGCACUGACAGGAAGGAUGUCUUCUUCUAUCAGGCAGAUGAUGAACACUACAUCCCUCGUGCCGUUCUGUUGGAUCUGGAGCCCAGAGUGAUCCAUUCCAUCCUGAACUCACCCUAUGCCAACCUGUACAACCCAGAGAACAUCUACCUGUCUGAACACGGGGGAGGUGCAGGGAAUAACUGGGCCAGCGGCUUCUCACAGGGAGAGAAAAUCCACGAAGACAUCUUCGAUAUCAUCGACCGAGAGGCUGACGGGAGUGACAGUUUGGAGGGUUUUGUCCUGUGUCACUCCAUUGCUGGGGGUACCGGGUCCGGACUGGGGUCCUACCUGCUGGAAAGGCUCAAUGACAGGUACCCUAAGAAGCUGGUGCAGACAUAUUCUGUGUUCCCUAACCAGGAUGAGAUGAGUGAUGUGGUGGUGCAGCCCUACAACUCACUUCUGACACUCAAGAGACUCACCCAGAAUGCAGACUGUGUGGUGGUACUGGACAACACCGCUCUGAACCGCAUCGCCACAGACAGGCUGCACAUCCAGAACCCUUCCUUCUCCCAGAUUAACCAGCUGGUGUCCACCAUCAUGUCAGCCAGCACAACCACCCUGCGCUACCCCGGAUACAUGAACAAUGACCUGAUUGGUCUGAUUGCCUCUCUAAUCCCGACGCCGCGCCUUCACUUCCUCAUGACUGGCUACACACCGCUAACCACUGACCAAUCGGUGGCCAGCGUGAGGAAGACCACGGUCCUGGACGUGAUGCGGAGGCUGCUGCAGCCGAAGAAUGUCAUGGUGUCCACGGGCAGGGACCGCCAGACCAACCACUGCUACAUCGCUAUCCUCAACAUCAUCCAGGGGGAGGUGGACCCCACCCAGGUCCAUAAAAGCCUGCAGAGGAUCCGGGAGCGCAAGCUGGCUAGUUUCAUCCCCUGGGGUCCAGCCAGCAUCCAGGUGGCGUUGUCCAGGAAGUCCCCCUACCUACCCUCUGCCCACCGUGUCAGUGGCCUGAUGAUGGCCAAUCACACCAGCAUCUCCUGUCUGUUUGAGCGGACGUGUAAACAGUACGACAAGCUGCGGAAGCGAGAGGCCUUCCUGGAGCAGUUUCGCAAGGAGGACAUCUUCAAGGACAACUUUGAUGAGCUGGACAACUCCCGCGAGGUCGUGCAGCAGCUCAUUGACGAGUACAGCGCCGCCACGAGGCCCGACUACAUCUCCUGGGGAACCCAGGAACAGUGAAGACGGUCGGGUCACGUCACCUGGGUCUGGUCCCUCACCAGUGCCCGUGGACGGGGCUGAGCUGUCUGCCCUGUCCUUUCCUCAGCCCCGUAGAGAGGAGUGAUGAGAGGUUCAUCCUUGCUGCUUUUCCCUUGCUCCUGUCCUGCUGCCGUGUUGGAGGGGGUCAACCAACACUUCAGUUUGUUUGUGCCUGUAUUCAGCCCCCACUGAUGGUUAGGAAUUGUAGUGAAUGACUAGUCUUCUGUCUUCCACACGUUGUUCCAAAACGGCCCCAUGUCACCUGUUGGAUAACAGCUCAGAGGCUGGGUGGAGGAUAUGAGCUGGAGGCUCCAUCUUGGUCUCUGUCAGGUGGACUUAUAUUGUGCCCGGUAGUUGUGGGUUGGUUGUUGAUUUGGAAUUGUUCAUGACUCUGUCUGUGUUAUACAGGAGAACCAUUGCCUUGUUUAGCUCUUUUUUUGUACAUUGUAGCACUACUUCUGCUUGCUUUGCUGUCAUACAGGCUCGAACACCUGUCUGAAAAACAAUUGAAGAGUCACCUGGCAUGUCUUUGAGAUGCCAGAAUAAAAUGUCUGCUGCGACCUGGUCCUUGUAUAUUUCUGAAAGGUGUGUUACGCCUGGGCUUUCACUUCCUGCUGCCCGUGCUGUGUUGUUCAGUGUGGGUACGCAACCCUCAACCAGAAAAGCCCUGAUCACCAGGCUCUGCCGGGAUGGUCAAGUCACUGGGCCUCAUUGCUGCUCUACUAUACUAUAUAGGUGCCAUUUAAAACGAGACAACUGUCAGAAGUAUGGCGGUGAUCAUUGUAAUGACGCCUAUUACCUUUACAUCUCCCAUUGUUCUUGUGGGACAACCACUUCUACUCUGGAGUGGUUGGUUGGAGUGGUGUGUAUGACCGAGUCAGAACGCUUGUUACAUUCUAAAGCACCUAAAUCUUUUUUUUUUAUUUUAACCACCCACAUGUACAUACUGUUUCAUAUUGAGCUUUGUGUUGUGAAAUAAAACAUGUUUUUCUUCAUU